AUGGCCCUCUCCCUGCCGAAGAUCGGGAUCCUCUCAAUCGGAGACAUGGGCAUGGGCAUCGCCAAACGCCUUGUCUCCAAGGGGUUCUCUGUCGCAACAAAUGGCGAGGGACGAAGCCAAGCAACCAUUGACCGGGCUCGCAGUGCCAACGUUGAGAUUCUCGCAUCAGACCUACAACUCGUGCAAUCGCGACCUUUCAUCUUCUCAGUCGCGCCGCCAAGGGACGCGAUGAGCAUCGCGGAACGCGUCCUCAACGCGACCGCAAAGGCGCAACUAGAAAAACCGUUGUACUUCACAGAUCUCAACGCCGUUUCACCUGCCACGUGCAAGGAGAUCGCUUCCAUGUUCGAGAAGGCCAAAAGUCCAGUGCGCUUCGUCGACGGAUGCAUCAUCGGCGGCCCACCAAAGAUGAAAGACUCAAGCGGCGCGUGGUACGUCCCAAGCAUGCCGACCUCAGGGCGGUACUCUCUUGAUGAGGCAUGCCCGGAGCUCGCUAAGGCGCUCAAUAUGCGGCACAUUUCCCAAGAAGUCGGCGCAGCCAGCGGGCUGAAGAUGUGCUUCGCGACCACUACCAAAGGCUUCAUGGGUCUCGGUAUCCAGGCUUUCACUACUGCAGCUGCGCUUGGCGUUGUGGAUGAGCUGAGGAAGGAGAUGAAGGAAGCCGCGCCUGGCCUUCUGGACUUCGCCGAGAAGUCUAUCCCGUUGGUGCCUCCCAAGUCGUACCGGUGGGUGCGAGAGAUGGAGGAGAUAUCAGACACGCAUCGCGCUGAAGGAGGCUUUAAGAACAACAACGACAUCUUUCUGGCAAUGGCAGAGUUGUACCAAAGCAUGGCUGAUGAUCCCGUAUUAGGCGCUGAAAAGGUUGAUAAGAGGAUCAGAGGCAAGACGGUCGACGAUCUCGCCUCGGCUUUGGCAGAAGGAUUGACGAAGAAGAAAAGGUCAAACUAA